UCUAGUUUGAACACGAAGCAAAACAUACAUUUGAAAUUAUGUGAAGUUGAUACUUGAAAAAAAAAAAGAUUGUUUGUCAUUAUGGAAGUGACCAACGGUUUAUUGACAAGCUUUGUCCAGACCAAGUCAAUUGAAAGGAUAUUGGCUCCAAUCGCAUCACAGAUAUCGUUGCUCAUUAUCCUUGGAGAAACAAAGACUGAUGUGUCAAUACCAAAUGACAUUGGGCCAUGCGCCUCUGCAAUGAUGAAAGCAGCAGAACACUUGAUUUCAGUGGGAAAAGAAAAGGCCCAAAGUGGUACAUGUACAGAUCAGGAGUACAGUAGGCGAAUGUUGAGUGCAUGUGAAACUUUAGAUCUAGCCUCAAGUGAUCUUUACCUUGCCACUCAGAGACUUGAGGGAAACAGUGCCAGAGAGGAAUGGGCUAAACUUGUGACAGCUGCUAAAGAUGUUCUCCAGGGAACUAUGAAGGUCUUGCUGGUGUCCGAUGAUGCAGAAGUUCGCAGAAUCGUUUCAGCAGCUCACCUGGUGUCAGAAAACAUAAGUCGUCUAGGGAUGGUACAGACCAUGGCAGACCUGCUCACUUGUUUUAAGAGUUUUACAGAUGCUGCUGCCCAGUUAUGUACACUGGCUAACAAGCGACAGAAGGACCUGUGUCAUGAUCGACAACGAGAGAAAGUGAUAACGUCAAUGGCUUUGUUAAAGAAGUCCAUACCUUCAAUGAGUGUAGCUCUUCAGAGCUUUGUCAAGUAUCCCCAAAACCCACAGGCACAGAUGAGUAAAGCUUGCGUGAUGAAUCAAGUGCUGUCAGCUGUACGAGACAUUGUGGAAGCUCUAGAGAAUAAGUUUAAUGAUGAAGAUUUCCUAGAUGUGGAGGAAUCUGGUUUCUUUGUGGCCAAAGUGGAUCAGAUACUUGAAGUGUUGUCUGAAGAUAAUCGGGCAGAACUUCACACUGACCUGGAGAGCUGGACAGAGACUGUCGUCAGACACAGCAUGCUGGUGGCUCACAUGUGUACUGACAGUUUCCGUGACAUCAUCAUUAGGACAUGUCAGCGGAUUUUACAGCUGAAGUCUCGGGUCUUCCAGUUACAUAGCAGUGCGAAAGACAAUCCUGAUGUAAAAGCAAUGCAAGAUGACUUUAAUGACGUUUGUGAGAGCCUAAUGGAUGAGUUUUAUGAACUUGAGAGGAAUGUGAACUUGGCGUUACUACAUUUGGUGAUAGACAUCUUCCAGGAGACAACUGAACCAUUAGAAAGGCUUGUCAAGUCUGCAAUGUAUUCCAGUGAGGCUCAGAGUCUCCAGGAUCUCAGCGAAGAGUACAUACAGGAUUUUGAAAAUCAUGCCGAUAAAAUGUGUCAGACAGCAAGAUGUGUGGCUGCCAGUUCUUCUGAUAAACGAAGAGUGCGUGUAUUGAGAACAUGUGUAUGCCGGCUGGAGCGGUUAGAUCCAGAAAUGGUACCAGGAGCAGUCACCAUUGCAAAAACAUCAUGCGACAAAAUGGCCAUCAAGCAUCUGAAAUUAUUAAUGAAGGAAUGGUCAUUUGAGGUGAAAAACUUGGUGGAAGUUCUUGAUGAAAUGACAGUCCCUGCCAUCUUUCUCCAGGUUUCUGAGACCAAAAUAGAAGAGGAUGUGAAUGUUUGUUUAGGAUUUUUGACAGAAGAUGAUUUAGUGGGUGUAGCCUCCGCAUUGAGAGGCGUGGUUGGACGGUCCCGCCGUGUCGCCCAAUUUGCUGAGCGCAUUGUUGAUCAUAGUCAGGAUCCACUGUAUAGGAAUGGUCUGCAAUCUUACAUCAAACAGUUACAGAGAGCCAUUAAAGGUGUGCGUGCGGCUGGAGGGAAUAUCACAGUCAACUCUUCUAAUCCCUCCUCCCUGGAGACUCUGAAGAAACGAUUCAAACUGUUGAUUGACAGUGUAAAACAGGUGAGGGCAGGGACUUACAAAAGAGGCUUUUUAGGAAGAAAGAGACUUUCCGAGAGUGGGUAUGGAACUAUGGGAUUGACAGGCCGACUCAAAUUUACUUCUACAACUACAUCCUAUGACCCUGAGGUCAUGAGGCGAGUUCAGAGUUCAGAGGUUAUGGUACCAGUUAAUGAAGAGGAAGUACAGACAGUCCACAAGCAGUUACAACAUAUGGCCCCAGCCUCUGGAUCUUACACAGAGUACCCCCAUGCACGACUGCUAGGAAGAGAGAUGUGCAUGGUGGCCAUUCGGGGAGACACACAGAGAGAGGCUGUGAUUGGUGGAGAGAUUCUUGGCUGGACCAAUCAUAUUGUUGAUGCUGCACAUGAAGUGUUGACUCACUGUGAGGAUGUAGAAUCAAAGCAAUUAAACAAAGCUUUGGCUUAUGAGGUGGACACACUGACCCCCAAAAUUCUGGACAAGGCAAAACUUGUUGCCCAUGGUGACAAGGAUGAGGCAUCAAGAUUGACCACCCUUGUGGAGGAAUGGUCAAGUAAGGUGGAAAAGCUGAGGAUAUUUGUGGAUGUGACGGUGGAGCUUUGGAAGGUUAUAGCAGACAAGGUACACAAGGCAAUGGCGGACAGAAAUGCUGAUCUACUCAGUAAAGAGGUUGAGGUGCUAUAUAGCCACCAGAAGGCCAUGUCGGAUGUCCUGGAGCUCAUCUCUAUGUUUGCACAGGAUCCGCAUGUGAAGGACCAGGAUAGGAUUACAAAGCUUCUAGAAGACAAAGAUGAAAUUGACAAUCUUACUGUAACAAUGGCAACUACUGCAGAGAUGAUAUCAUAUGCAGCAACACGAGAGGAGAAGAAUCAGGUGUCAGAGUUAGGUCGGGACUGGGCGGUUAGGAUGUAUAGUGUGUUGGCUGGUCUUGACAACAUUGUAGCUGAUCUUCAUCAGCUAGGACGAGAGGCAGGGGUGUGGCCCUCCCUGGAAGACACGCCGACUAAGGACAUGGAUAUUGUGAAUCACCUUCAGUUGGAGAAUGGCACUCUAAAAGACCUUCUGAAUUGUGUUGCUUUAGGGAAUACAAGGAUGUCCCAGGAGGCCACUGUCCUGUAUCAGCAUCUCAGGGUCAUACAGGAGGAGGCUCGGCUUGUUUUGUCUCGGUCUAUUGGCAGUGGGGUUGUUGUCUCAUUCUCUCCUCAGAAAAUAAGGAUGCUGUCUGGACAGUGGGUCAGCAAGGCUUUAAAGUGCAUGGAGCUUAUACAGACCCAGACUACACUCACUGCUGCAGGAAUUAACAAACUUGUGGAUGCAGUGUUUGCUGCCAAAAUCUCUAAAACAGAAGCACAAAGACAACAAAGCAUGGCUGACUGUUUGGACCGCAUUAGCUCCUUCAGUCGUGGAAUGGUCACACUUCGUCAGAAAAUACUGCAGGGUAUUCAGCUGUCAACAGACAUCAGCAAGAGGUCAGCCAUACGCAAGUCUCUGGACGACAUCACAGGAAUAGCUCCAGGGCUCAUCAAUACACUUAAAAAACUUACAAGCAGUGGUAAUAUAGAUCUGAAGGAAUUGUCUCGACAGAGACUCAGAUGGGCAGCCAAGGUCCGACAUUUGGUGGUUCUACUGCAGCAGGUCACAGAUAUACAACCAGGCCUAGUCAAAGAAGUGUGUAGACUCCUUAGUGUGGAGGAGGUGGGCGGAGUCACUUCCUGUGCUCCAGAUUUCACAGCAGUCAUUAAUCCACGAGUUAAAGAAACUGACGAAGAAGAGGUCAAAGAAAUAGUUACAACAAACAGCCAAUCACUGCUCAAUGUCACAGCAGCUAGUGCACGACCUUCAGGGAUUGAAGAAAUCACAGAAGUGCAGAAAGCAGAUGAUUUUAAACCAGCCAAAGUCACAUUCCAAAAUGUUCAUGAAGAACUGCUUCGAGUCACAAGUGAUCGGCGUGAUGAAGAAACUCUUGGCCAGUUAUCCCAGCUAAAGGCCAGACACACAUCAUCCCCAUACCGACCAUCUAACGCUAUCCUGGCUGCUGCUAGGUAUCUUCAAAAAGAAGCUGACAAGUGGGAGGAUGAAGGUAACCCAAUUGUGCAGGUGGCAAAGGAGAUGUCCCAGCAGCUGCAACAUAUGAUAGAGUACAGUCAGGGAGAGGGACCAAUCACAAAUCAUUUGGAGAUGACACAGACAGGCAAAGCAGUCGCAGAGAAUGGGCAAAAAAUGAGGAAAUUUGCAAAGAUUUUAGCAAAGUAUUGUCUUGAAAAAAGAUUUGCCAAAGACCUGAUGUUUUAUGCAGAUCAGAUCCCGACUGUCAGCACCCAGCUAAGUAUCAUCUCCAGUGUUCAGAUGGCCUCGCCCGAGGAUAACAAUGCAGACAAGAUUCUGAUACAGAAUGCAAAGAACCUGAUGAAGGUUGUCACUCAAACUAUCAAAGCGGCAGAGACAGUUUGUGUCAAGGGUCUGGUGAUGCCAGAAGAUGGGUCUGAAGACGACAUCAGUGCUAUCAUUCUUGCAACACAGUGGCGGCGAAAGUUUGUCCGACAUCUUCAAAGAGAGGCUGAUGAAGCCAAGAAGGAUACUUUGGGUCUUCGCAGGAUAGAAGAGCACAGACCUCCAGCACUGACACAGAUCUUUAGUACUUACUAACCACUGUCCCAUUAACAUUAAUGUCAUACUGAUAUCUAUCAGCUACAGUCAAGAUACUCUGUCUAAUGUACAGAUUGUUGAUUAAUGGUUAGUUUUCUUAAAAAAUGUAAAUAACUUAUUACAUUAAGUGGGACCAUUCUAAAUCAUAUCCUUAAUGUAGCAUUUCCACUCACAUACAUGUAUCUUCAAGUUCUUACCCAAAAACAUUCCUAAAAAUUUCUGACACUAUGAAAAGUCAUGUAUAUUAUCUUCAGUUUUCCUACACUUAAACCUAUCUCACUAUAAUAUUUCUAUACUGAAAUAUAUCCAUCAUGUACAGUACAGCCUUUCUACUCAACAUUUCAUAUGUCAUCACUAAACCAUCAUACACAUAAUCACAUCAGCUCCAAAAAUCACUAUAUCUUCCAAAAGACAUUUUUCUCAUCCUUUUUGUGUAAUCACGAACUUCAUAUUUUUUUUAUUUUUUUUUUUAUUUUUAAGUCUUUUGCAAUAUUUAAAUGAACUCUAUGUUUAACAUUUAAGGAAGUAUCAUGAAUCCUUCUUCGUACACAUAUUUGGUCAUAUCGUAUACCUUAUAAUUAAUUUUUCUUUAUUUUCAUGGUAAAUACUCAAAUGUGAUUGGUUGAAAAAUUCUUUUCAUUCUUCUAUGAAAGAAAUUCCAAGAAUGGCACG